CACCGAAAGUGGCAUAUUCUAGCUCAUCAACAUCAAUUACUGCGAUUUUUACUGCCUACGAGCCAAUAACAACGGAAUUCUGCGUGAACUCCAGCAAUAUAGGCGUACACUGUGGCAAUAGUUCAAUCAUGACUAUACCUGGCCUCAGCCCGUACACUGUCUACUCAGUGUUCGCAUACGUCAAAACAAGCAACAUACGCUCACAGUCCACGGCUGCAGUGACGAUCAGGACCAAUGCUACAGCUCCAAUCGCUGCACCAGGCAACGUCACAAUGUUGACCCCAACAGCAAUAUCUAUAAACCUCAGCUGGACUGCUGUGGACCCAUACAAGCUGAAGGGCGGACUGGUUGCGUAUCACAUCGAUCUCUUUCUUCCGAAGGGCUGUAUCGUUACUUCAACCAAGACAAAUAACACCCACAUCUCAGUCGGCGGGUUAACAUUUGGCACAACAUAUACCGUAUCAGUGACGGCCGAGUCAACGGGAGGCCUCAGCAGCUACAAAAGUAACUUGCAAGUCUCCACAAUUCAGGAUGUGCCACCACCUCCAAGCAUCAGAUAUCACCUAUCAACUGCAACAACAAUAAUUGUAAUAUUUGAGACACUCAGUGGCCAUUUUACAAUUGACCAAUACUGCUGCAUGUGGAACCGUACGACAGUAUCCGGUACUCACUUGCCAACAGCACCUACAAUAACCUGCAGCAACGUCACAUCCAUCGUACUCGACAACCUGGAUGAGGACUCCACGUACACUCUAAUCGUGUUUGCUGUCAACACUGCUAUGGAUAACAGCUCACAUUCAACACCGUUCAACCUCACAACUCAACCUGCAGCCCCAUCGGAGCCACCCGCAUCUGUGAACAUCACGGAUGUCAACAGAACAUCACUCACUGUAGUAUGGGAUGAAGUACCCUUAUUUGGUCGCAACGGUCCAAUCACACAAUAUCUAGUCCAGUACAACAGCCAGGAACAACGCGUUGGAAGUGAUCAGCUCUCGCUCAGAUUGGAUGGCCUUCAACCUAACAAAUACUAUACGAUCAGCGUGUCAGCUAUUGGAUAUCAAUGUGAAGAAAGACCACCGAAACGUGGAGCAGGUGAUAAAACAAUUGAAGCUGUACCUGAUGCGCCGACAAUCACACUGACCUCAACGCCAACCAGUGUGAAGGCGGACAUCGUGUCCAAUUCGCCAGACUGGAAUGUUACGCGAUACUGUGUCAAGGCUGCUGCCAAGGCAACUGGGGACAAUCAGGUGAUACCGCCUUCUCAGUUGCCACCGACUGUACUGAAUUGCACAGAUACUGGUACAAUUGAGAUUUACAACCUCCAAGAGUUUGUUCUCUACACAGUGAGCGGCUGGGUGCUGAAUGGUAGAGGAGAAGCUGGCACUGCGACCGUCAAAGAUCAUAAAACUCUACAGGCAGUGCCAAGUCAGGCUCCUGCAGGACUCACUGUCACGGACAUCACGGACACCUAUGCUAAGUUCCGGUGGAAUGCCAUUCCCCUACUGGAACGGAAUGGAGUAAUCAGAUCCUACCAAGUGAGUAUCACUGCUAUCUCGCCUAUCCGUGGAUCUGUGAGACUGGCUUUCGUUGCCCCUGCUCUCAGUGGAGACAUUGGACGGUUGAAACCAUACACGACCUAUGAGGUCGUCAUUGCUGCUGAAACUACGGUUGGUCAAGGUCGCUUGUCUAAUGCUACGUCAUUCAGGACGAAGCAAGCCGCCCCAAGCAUUGGACCUACAGUGAUCAGCUCCACGUAUGUGAAUAGCACUGCUCUACGACUGACCUGGAAAGCGCUUCAAGACCACGAACUCAACGGUGUCUUAGUACGCUAUGAUGUCAGGAUUUCUGGCCCAGAAAACAACACACGAGUUUACAACGUGGCUCCUAGUGUCACAACGCGCAUCAUACCCAACCUUAACAUCAACACAGUGUACGGUAUGUCUGUGCGGGCUGUUAACCAGGCUGCACCUGGACCGUUCAGCAAUCCAGUGUUACAACGAACAGAUGAAUUCACUCCCGAUGCUGUUACAAACGUCAGCGUUGAGUUCGAGACAAACACUACCAGUGUGACUGCCAUUGUCUCCUGGACGCCGCUGACAGAGAGCAGGGGAAUCAUUACUGACUAUACGAUUUUCUACAGUGAACUUAACUCAACAGAGGAGGCGCAGCUGAAUACUUCCAUGAGCGAUCUGACAGGUUACAAAACAGCAACCGUCUCUGGGAAGGAGAGCAAUGCAUUGAUUCAUGCAAUAGUAGAACGGACACCCUGUGCGUUUGUUCUAGUUGCAAGCACCAGAAUUGGUCCGGGUCCGGCAAGUGAGCCAGUCUUCUCACCAGGAGCUGCACUGUAUCCUGGCCAGCCAAGGCAGAUCGAAACCAGAUUCAUUGAUCACAGCACAGCCGAGCUGACUUGGAAACGCAGCUUAACAGGAGGCAAUCCAAGCAGCUACAGAAUGUUUGCGUUCUAUGAGGAAGAUUAUGUGGAAGAGCAACAGCAGCAGCAUCGUCGUCAUCGCAGUGUUGAGUUGAAUGCUACCCUGCUGAAUAUCAGUCAGGAUGUAGGAGGCGAAGAGUUAACAGGGCGCAUUGGAAACCUCCCCGCUGGAAAGCACUACGCAUUUGACGUGAUUGCAAGGGUGGAUUUCAGUGGCAACGUCUUGACGAGUCCGAAUACCCUUGACUUCAGCAACAUGACCACUACGUACCUGCAGCCUCAAAUUGAACAAGGAACUAGCAACACCACAGGCUUGGUUUUGGGAAUCCUAGCAUCUCUUAUUCUGCUCUCUUUCAUCAUCAUUUUUGCACGAAAAUACCGCAACAAAGCCAAGUCCGAAACUGGGGGCGGUGGUUGGGCUUCACCGGGAACUUCAUUCAUCUUCAUGAAGAAACAGAGCGCAACGGCGAUCAUUGACAAAAGCGCACCAGCAGAUGAGGAAGAGACAUUACAAACCGAGGACAAACGAUAUGGUGAAGUGAGAGUCGAGGGUUCUAAGAAGAGUGUGCCAGCUUAUAUAGAGGUGACUGAAAAUCCCUCAACCUUACCCCGGGAUAUGGCUGAGCCCAUGGCAAAGAGUAUUCCACUUUACUUAGACGCGUUUGAUGGUCCUUCAACCCAACCCAGCGGUGUGGCGGAGGUGGUGGAAAACAGCGAGCCUGCCUAUCUAGUCUUGAUGGAAGGUCCUACCAACCACGUGCAGGAUAUGGGCGAGGUGAAGAAAAGGAUUGAGCCUGCCUAUAUCGAUGUGUUUGGACCCCCUUCUAGCCUGCUCAACCCGGUCAUUGUCACAGACAUCUGGGAAGCUUCUGAAGGUGAUGGAGUGUAUGACACACAUGCCGGAACUGAAGCAGAUGGAGCCACAGAUGUGACAGGGGAACGAUCUCCAUCAUAUAUCGACGUGUCAGAGAUCACAUUUAACAACGCGCAGGAUGCCACAGCAACAGAAGGACGUGGUGAAGUUGCGAAAGAUGAAGCUUCCCAGGAGAUAGCCGAGAGCAAAAGAAACCAAACGGCAGAUGUGACGAAGAAACGUGCGCCACUCUAUAUCAAUGUUCCCGGACACCAGUCGCGGCAAACCCAGGCAGCCACGGCGACAGAAGGAGCUUGUGAGACUGGUCAAGAUGAUGUGAUUCAAGACAACGGAAUUGAAGAUGACCCGUACGAUAACCCGCAGGUGAUGAACACGAGCGCAUCACAUUAUGUCAACAUUGCAAGGAUCCCGUCACGUCACCGUCAAAGCUUCACUUUCACACAAGGAGUUCAUGACACCGCUGAAGACGAUGAUGUGUAUGAGAAAACACCUUGCGAUGGUCUUGGUCGCGACCUGGGUGCCUAAGCACAGGAAGAAAGCAUCUCUCUCUCUCUCUCUCUCUCUCUCUCUCUCUCUCUCUCUCUCGCUCUCUCUCUCUCUCUCUGUCUCUCUCUCUCUCUCUCUGUCUCUCUCUGUCUCUCUGUCUCUCUGUCUCUCUGUCUCUCUCUCUCUCUCUCUCUCUCUCUCUCUCUCUUGUUCUGGCAGUCUGUUUGCAGUAGUUUCAUUACAAAUCUCAACAUCCACAUCAAGCCACAAGCGCUAGCAAGCGCUAGCAAGCUACUGCAUUGACCGGCACACUUGUAAUUGUUUUCUGUUUUUGUUCUUUUUCACUUCAAUAACACUGUUUUGCACUGCUUCGGUCAAAAUGGACCUGGAAAUGUUCCUUGGUUGGCCAACUAGUUUGUACUGACAAUGUAAUAAUAAAGAUAGGAACACCGCAUUUGCAAGAGCGCAGGUUAAUAUUCACAGAGAUAACUGGUGACCAUUAAUUUUGGACUUUGCUCGUUGGCACCAAUAUUGCGCAUUUUUCUUAUCAUAAAAAAGGAGCGUACUGCUUUGGCCUAUUUGCUCCCUAUCGUAUCGACGAUCGAAAAUUUACUCAAUCGCAUUUCUUCCUCAUUUCUCAUGCAUUCUUGAGCACAAACGAGGGGUAACAUUGCUAUCGAAACUUUACUCACCACUUCCAAUUUGAUGUGUGAUGUCAUCUCCAAGACACCCUUCCCUUCCUUGUGCUCUGCGUUUCCUUUGCCUGCAUGCAUAGUUACCCAUGGCAUUCAUCCCUGUUCAGUUUUCCAAUUACUAUAAUGUUCUAAUCAAUAUGGAAUGCAAUUGCACAAGGCUUGCUGGCUCUUGCUAUACUUUUUCUCCUCUGUUUCCUCGCGAAUGCCCGCUCAUUGCAUUGUUUCCUAUUCGCGUUGUUUACUUCAAAGUGAAAUCCAAAACAAUCAUCUUGGUUAUGCUUCUUGAUCAGCCCAGUAAUGUUUAACAUAAUAACAGGCUUUAUAAAACAGCCGCACAAGAAUAGAUCAUUGCCUGGUUUCUUCUUCUGGUUUUUCAUGUCUCUAUCCAUCUCUUUAUAUCCCUAGCUGCUUUCGGUGUGUUGGGUGUUCGGUCUCAACGCCUCUCCUUCUUCACGUUUCUUCUCUUCUCCGUAGCGUUCUCCUGCUAUGGAAGGGCUGCAUUUGGCAUCACCAGUACAGAUGAAUACGCUCAUAAUAACUAACGUGAUAUAACCAAAUCCACUGCUGUCCAACUGUAUUCAUAUUUUGCUGUUGUUCCCCGUUUCUCUGCAUGGCUGUGCACAUUGAUAGAUUAAUGAGUGAAUUAUAUCCAAGUAAUAGGAUGGCUCAACUGCCUUCGUCUUGCUGCUGCUGUUGCGCGAGUUUGCCUAAGCCGAUGAUGGCAGCUUCAUCUGGAUAAUGUAGUGCUUGUCAGGCAAACACUUAGCAUGGCAUGGUGGUGCGGGUAGAUGAAG